UCAACCGAGGAAUCUGGAAAUUUAAGUAAGUUUUCAAGUGGACACCGCACAAACAAAGCGCCACGUGGAUGGACCUCGAAAAAACCCAUAUGAUCCUCUAUCUCAAUAAUUCGUAUAUAGUGUUGAGAACAGUUGAGAAGAAAAAAACCGACACGCGCCGCCGUUCCAUUUUCCAUUACCUUCCAAACGCCAAUGGGUCAUCAUCAAGCGUUCGGUUGUUUAUCUAUCAGCUGAAUUAUAAUAAUAGAAACCAAAGUCUAAAAUAACGAAAAACACGUUGAAACAAUGAGUUGUGCGAGUGAUUGGCCCGAGGUGAUACUCGCAGCGAAAGAAAAUAGGCACGAGUUGGUUCUUUCCCGCGGUGAUAUAUCAAAAAGAAUCGCCGAAGCUGGCCUUCACGCGAGUCUCUUCGAGUUGCAAAAUUUGAAUUACCUCGCCAUACACGAGACUUGUCUCGAAGUAAUUCCUGAUGCUAUUGCUCAAUUGGAAAAUCUUUCAACUCUUGUUUUGCACUCGAAUAAAAUAAAAACAUUGCCAGAAGCAAUCGGAAAAUUGACGAAAUUACGAGUUCUUGACUGCUCCAGAAAUCAAAUGGAUAAAUUACCUCGUGCUCUUGCCAAUAUGCCACAACUCACGUCAAUCAAUUUUUCAUCCAACAUCCUCAAUGAAUUACCAUCCCAAUUAUCUAAUAUCAAACUCAGCUCACUCCACUUAUCCAAUAACAAAUUUGAAGAUUUCCCUGACGUUUGCUACCCUGAGUUAGUGCAUCUAGCCGAAAUCAGACUUAAUGGAAAUCUCAUCAAAGAAAUUCCUGCUGCAAUUUCUCGGUUGGGAGCUCUUAAACUUCUGGAUCUUGCUGACAAUUCCAUUAAAGUUGUACCCGGCGAAUUAGCAGAUUGUGCAAAGCUCAAGGAAUUAAAUUUGAAAGCUAAUUGUUUGGCAGACAAAAGACUUUCAAAAUUAGUGGAUCAAUGUAGGACAAAGCAAGUGUUGGAUUAUGUGAGACAGCACUGUCCCUCUGUGGAAAAAUCUGAGAACGGAGGUGGAGGUGGAAAAUCAAAGAAGGGAAGGAAAAAUCGAAAAAAUUCAGAGAAUGAGAGUGGUGGCAAGAAUCUUGAUUCAUUGUGUCAUAAAAUGAAAAUUCUCAAAGUCGUAGACGAAAAUCCAGUCAUAAAAAUUACAGAACACGUUAAAACUGUUCGACCUCACAUUGCUGCUUGUAUAGUCCGAAAUUUAAACUUCACUGAUGAGACUUUCAAAAAAUUUAUUCAGCUACAGACAAAGCUGCACGAGGGCAUCUGUGAAAAAAGAAAUGCUGCAACUCUCGCCACACACGAUCUUAGCUUGCUGCCACCUGGUGACUUGACGUACACUGCAAAAUUACCAAACGAGAUUAAGAUAAAGCCUCUGAUGCGCGACAAAACGUUUACUGGUGCGGCACUCUUCCAACAGCUCCAGACGGAAGCAAUCAAUUUACGAAAAGAGAAGAAACGGAACGUUUAUUCAGGAAUUCACAAGUAUCUCUAUUUGUUGGAGGGAAAACCGUUAUACCCUUGUUUAUUGGAUAGUAAGUCGCAGGUCGUCUCUUUUCCGCCAAUAACAAACAGCGACAUUACGAAAAUGUCAUCCAGCACAAAGUCGAUGUUAGUCGAAGUGACAAGCGCGUCUACGCAACAAAUUUGCAGAAACGUUCUAGACGAAUUUCUCAAAGAAUUGCUAGUUCUUGGACUGACCAACAAAUCCGAAACGGGAGAGACUCAAGAUUUUCAUGAAUUAGACGUGGAGCAAGUUAAAAUCGUUGACAUGGAGGGUAACAUGAAAGUGGUUUAUCCUUCGAGAACAGAUUUGGUCUUUGAAGACAGCACCAUCGCCAUUUUCCGAGAAUAAUCGAAAAGGACCAGUUUUCAUUUUUUUUCUAUCGAUAAUAUUCUCAGCUCGAAGAUUUGUAAGUACAAAAUGAAACAAAGAAAACAGUCAACGCGUACAAAAUUGUUUUUUAUCUAUUUUCAAUUCACACAGUUAUAAAUGUCAGAGAUAUAAAUAUAUGGAGCAUUUUGUCAUUGGAACGAUAUGAAAAUAAUUAAGGCUCCAUUUUACUCUAGUUACCAAUUUUCAAAAGUACUUUUUUCAAUGAUUAAUAUUAAUUUUCCCUUCAUAAUUUCAUUACAGUAAACUGAUAUUCGAGUACUGCCAAAAUGACUGGAAUUUUUAGAUUUCUUACAAUUCCUUGGUAUCUCAAAUUUUAUAAACAAAUUCAAAAAGUACAAAGUCAAGCUGCUUGCAUUCUAGAUUUUUUUUCUGUACUAACUGGGACAAACCUUGUAAUGGAAAUUUGACAUCGCGCUAUGCUAAAGAAAAUAGGUAUUCAGUGAACGCAAAUAUUUUUCAAGCUAUACUUUUUUUAUUAUAUGUCUCCAAGAUUUAAAUGUAUUUUGACUUGGAUAUUUCAGCAUUCAUUUAAAAGAUCCUAAACGUCAAGAAAGAUCUUAAUUUUAUUAAUGUUCUUGAGUAGAAUAUUUCUUGAAAAUUAUUAAAUUAUCCCACAUUUUCGAGUUUUCGAAAAAAUUUCUCUAUUUUAUGGUAAAAUAAUAUUGUUCAUUAAUAUUUUAUUUUAUCAUUUCGAAACACAACCAUCCAAUUAUUUGUUCCGAAUAAUUGAAUCGAAAGUCGGAAAUUUCGAACUGCCGAGGAGUCCACCUUUAUAAUAUUCUAAGCUAACAGUUCUCUACUGCACAUAUUUAUCAUUGAAUAUAAAAUGUUUGUAUAUCAUUAGUUAAUAUUGAAAUGAGAAAAAUUUUGAAUAAAUUCUCACACGGUUACGAUACAAGAUUUAAAAAAAACCAAAACAAGUUUCCGAGUAAAAGUGAACUGAAAA